AUGAAAUGUCGUUCUACGUUGUGCCCUGAUUUAGGGGAAAAGAAGUUAAGGAAGAGGUUAGAUGCUGCGUCAAAGAUGAAUGUGGUCAAAAUCAAUGAUGUCGAGUAUAAUGUUCUGGAUGUAUGUCAGCACUUGAAAUUGAACCCCUACUCCUUUGCCUCUUCUUAUUAUACACGAGCUACAUGGGAAGCUGCAUAUGCUGAAUCUAUUUAUCCUGUACCACCUGAAGGCACAUGGGUUAUUCCCGAAAAUUUGAAGAAGGUCAAAAUCCGCCCUCCUCUUUCUAAGGUUAUGCCGGGUCGUCGCAAAACGCAAAGAAUAGCUUCUAAAGGAGAGGAGUCCCGUAAAAAAAAAUGCUCAAGGUGUGGUGUGAAGGGCCACUACCGAAAUACAUGCAAACAAUCUGUCCCUCUCACCAACAAGCAGCACGUUGUGUAG